AGGAGUCGGAUGGUGCUGCCAAUAGACAAUUGUAUCAGUGCUAAACCUGCUGCCGGAGACCCGCUCUGCCUGGAAAUGGCUCCCUUGCGCUGCAAGCUGCUCUGCCUCCUGCUGCUGGUGUCGGGCACACUGGGCGCCCAGGCCAAUAGGAACCGCGGCCAUGACAAGCAGAACAAUUCCUUCCGCAAGGCUGCCACCGGCUUCUACCAGACCGUGAACAAUGUCUUCGGGGAGGAGAAUGUGCGAGCCGUACAGAAGUUCUUCUCCCGGCUAACAGAGAGGUUUGUGUAUGGAGUAGAUGUGUUAGUAGAGACGCUCUGGAGGAUAUGGACGGAUCUCUUAGAGGUUCUUGGAAUUGAUGCUUCCAAUCUGACACACUACUUCAGUCCUGCAGCCGUUGCCAAUAACCCUACUAGAGUCCUCAUGCUGGUUGUCGCCAUCCUCCUUGCCUACUGGUUUGCCUCCCUGCUGCUGGGAUUUUUCUUUUAUCUCCUACACAUCGUGUUUGGGCGAUUUUUUUGGCUUGUCCGUGUCUCUCUGUUUGCACUGUCAUGCAUUUAUAUAUUACAGAAGUAUGAAGGGGAACCAGAACAUGCAAUGAUCCCUCUGUGCUUUGUGGUAGCUGUGUAUUUCAUGACAGGGCCUGUUGGACUUUACUGGAGGAGGAGCAGCAAUAACAACCUUGAAGAUAAGAUCGAUCAUCUAGAUAACCAAAUUCGACUUCUAAAUAUCCGUCUUACAAGAGUGAUAGAGAGCCUGGACAGAGCCAGUGAGCAGUAGCCAUUCUGGCUUCAAAACCCAACACCAGCUUCUUUUUAAAGAAAAAGCACUGUUUUUUGUGAUAAUGUUCAAAAAGUGGUAGCUAUAGUAAAAUUGUAUUAGUAACAAAAGGUACAUAAAACAUUAGGCUCCUGAAACUAUUCCCUCUGCACUGAAGUGAUCCAAACGAGAGCUACAUAAUAAAACAUUUUUAUAGAAUUCUGUAACUACUCAGUAUAGUUCAUAUUUGUUUUUGAAGCUCACUUUUUACUCUACACUUUGAGUGCAUCAUCAAUAAGAUCCUAUUUUAAAACUAAUCCAAAGCUAUUGCUACCAAAUGUAUUUCUAGUGCUUCUUGGAGUGGUUGGAGAUUUCCAGGUAACACAGGGGUUAUAUUUUAUUUCUGAAUCUGAGUAAAAACCAGAUAAAAACAAAAUUUCUGUGUGUUAUACAUGUGUUUAUCCAAGCAGCACACUGCCUAAUAAUUGUAUUAUGCUCAGUCUAUAUUGAUUUCUUUAAGCACUGCACUGUCAAGAUUAUUGUUUAGGAUUAGGAUGUGUAAUAUACAUUUUAACUGUGUUGUUGUUUUAUGCUUUGCUUGUGAUACAUUUUGCACAGUACUGUGGUGCAAGGGUACACUUAGAAAGAAAAGAUAUACUGUCAUCUGUGCUGUAAGAGUUGUGCUUAAUCACUGGUCGCAUCGUUAGUAUGUUUUUUUUUUUUAUUAAAAGAUUUUUUUUAUUCGUGCAUAUAGAUUAGAUUUCCAGGUCAUUGCUUAGAAAAAUUCGCAGUGGUCUUGUAAUUGAAUUGUUGCUGCUUAUAUCUUUCUCAGGCUUAUUAAGCAGCAAUAGAUUUCUUCCAUUUCCAGGGUUUGUUUUUUUUAAUUGAAAGAAAAUUUUCUUUGUGUGUGUAUGUGUACACUGAUAUAGGUAUUUAAAUCUUUUUUUGUAAAAGCAAAUGCCUACCUAUUAAAUAUUAUAGCAAAAUAUUUACAUG